GUCACGCCGCCCGACGCCCGCUCGGCAGGGUGAGCCCCGCGCCCGGCGCCUCGCAGGGCAGGACCCUGGGCCGGAGCGCGCGCCGGGACUGCCCACGUCUCCGUGUCCGCGUGUCCGAGCCCGCGCGUCCGUGUCCGCGCCCUCGUGCCUAUCCCCGCGUGUCCGUGCGCCUACCGCCAGCCAGGAAAAUCAUUUUUCUUCUCUGGAGGGUGAACAUUUAUAGCAUCGAUUUCACGGAUCUGGUAACAUGGCAAAAGAUGUGUUGUGUCCUUAGUAGCUGUUCACCCCUCCGCAGUAAACACGCUUGGGAAGCAGCUCUUGCCAAAAACGUUCGGACAGUCCAAUGUCAACAUUGCACAGCAAGUGGAAACGCAACAGGAAAGGAGAGAAGAACGGUAAGGGCCUGAGGCACUUCUCCAUGAAGGUCUGUGAGAAAGUGCAGAGGAAGGGAACCACAUCCUAUAAUGAGGUGGCUGACGAGCUUGUUGCAGAGUUCAGUGCUGCCGAUAAUCACAUCUUACCAAACGAAUCCGCUUAUGACCAGAAGAACAUAAGACGGCGAGUCUAUGAUGCCUUAAAUGUGCUGAUGGCCAUGAACAUCAUCUCUAAGGAGAAGAAGGAGAUCAAGUGGAUCGGUCUGCCCACCAACUCGGCUCAGGAAUGUCAGAAUUUAGAGGUAGAGAGACAAAGAAGACUUGAAAGAAUAAAACAGAAACAGUCUCAACUUCAAGAACUUAUUCUACAGCAAAUUGCCUUCAAGAAUCUGGUGCAGAGAAACCGCCAGGCAGAGCAGCAGGCCAGCCGGCCACCCCCGCCCAACUCUGUCAUCCACCUGCCUUUCAUCAUCGUGAACACCAGCAAGAAGACUGUCAUCGACUGCAGCAUUUCUAACGACAAAUUUGAGUAUCUAUUCAAUUUUGACAACACGUUUGAAAUCCAUGAUGACAUAGAAGUGCUGAAACGCAUGGGGAUGGCCUAUGGGCUGGAAUCUGGAAGCUGCUCCGCUGAAGACCUCAAAGUGGCAAGAAGUUUGGUGCCGAAAGCGCUGGAACCCUAUGUGACAGAAAUGGCUCAGGGAUCACUCAGCAGUGUAUUCAUCACGUCGUCGGUUUCGACCUCUAAUGGCACAAGGCUUUCUGCCAGUGACUUGACCAACGGUGCGGACGGGAUGCUGGCCACAAGCUCCAGUGGGUCUCAGUACAGCGGGUCCAGAGUAGAGACCCCUGUGUCCUAUGUCGGGGAGGACGACGACGAGGACGAAGAGUACAAUGAAAACGACGAAGAAGACUGAUGUUCUCGCUCGCAGGUCCUGCCCUCCCUCAAGUUAAGCUUCAGGAAAACAUGUUUAGAGAAGAGAAACUUUUUUUAAUGUGUUUUUUUCUGUUUCUUUUUGGCCUUCUCCCAAGAAGAUAUUGGUAAGCUAUUGAAUUCGAUGUGCACCUCCGAUAAGCAAGCCAGGGUUGUUUUCUGUCGGGUCUUUUAAGAUGGGCUGCGGUGUGUAUGGGUUCCAGUGUGCUGAUGCAGGACCUCUAUUUACUUUUUAGGAUUUUGUGUUUUCAUUUUCUAUUUUUUUAAAUUCACAGUUGAUUUUUGCCCCGUUACAAUUCUUGCUGAGUUUGCUGAAUAAGCUCUACUCCAUCCACAUCAACGAAAAUAAAACACCAUCCAGUGGAGGCAGGUGCACCACCCAGAAUGCUCUUCUCAGUGUGUUGUGAAUGGUGCCACCUGCUGGCCGAGGGUGAGGCUCCAGGAAGAGUUUCGCAUUGUUAAAUCAUGUGGUAUCCCAAGAACUAAGCAAAUGCAAAGCUCUGCUUUUCAACAUUAAGCGCCAUAAAUCUUGUUAUGACUUUUUUUUCUCUUAAAUUAUAUUGACUGUGAUUCCCUCAAGUUUAUACUUUUUUUUUUCUCUCUAUUUUGCAACAAACAAAUUGCAAAGUUCAUUUUUUUUGUUUGUUUUUGUUUGGUAAAAGUUUACUGCCAUGCUGAUGCAGCUAUGAAAACUGUCUGGAAGGCUUGGAAUGGUUUAUUGCUUAUGGUAAAAUUUGCCUGAUUUCUUACAGGCAUUGUUUGGAAACUUUUUAUUAUAUAGGUGUUUACAUACUUAUAAGUCUAUCAUUUAAAGACAUGUACUGAAACAAAUGUUGUAUUUGUUUCGUAAGCAUCUUCCUGUAAUCUAUUAUAAAGUUGAAAUUAAAUAUAGAGAAUGUUUUAACAGUUUUUUAACUCAAAAUUUGUCAAUCAUUUUUAAUAGUUCUUUUUUUAUAAAAAGAAAAAGGAAUUUCGGGACAGGCAGUAGCCUCUUUUAAAAUUUAUUCACAAAGAACCAUUAGCUGCACAGUUGCUGUUAGCUGCCUGUUCUAAAACAAUAGUCUUUUUAUUGAAACACAAAUAAAAUUUUCUGUAAUAUUUUAUGGAAUAUAAAGAGACUUUAAUUGUUUGACUUGUUUAACUUGGCACUGUUAGUUUUUAUUAAUAAAACGCGCAUGGGCAUUUUAAA